CUCCAAGCAACGGUUGUCAAUUUAAAUUUGGAAACGAAAAAAACAAAUAAUAAAUAAAGCUAAGAAAACAGGCCGGCAAUAUUCAUUCGUUCAUCUGAACUAAACUAACUGAAAAAUACACAUAGUAUAAAUAUAUAUAUAUUUUGAUUUUGACCAAUUUUUUUUUUCUUGCCUAAAACAUGGAUGCCCCAGCCGAUUGCAAACAAUUGCGACCUCGGGCCAUAUUCGGUAUCAAUGGCAAAGUGGAGAACGGAGUGCGUCAGCAUCCCACAACCGGAGACAUUAUCUUUGCCCUGGGCAAUAAGAUUGGUAUAGCCGACUAUAAGAAGAAUACCCAGGAAUUUGUGGCCGGUCAUACGAAUACCAUAUCAUGCUUGGAUGUCAGUAAAAGUGGCAAAUUCUUGGCCUCUGGCCAAAUAAAUCAUAUGGGAUUUCGUGGCUAUGUCAUUAUAUGGAAUUAUGAUCAACGUAAGGAAAUUGCUCGACAUGAUUUGCAUAAGGUGCAAGUGCAGGCCAUUUGCUUUACGGCUCAGGAUCGUUUUGUUGUCUCCAUAGGCGGAACGGAUGAUGGUUCCGUCAUUGUCUUUGAUAUGGAAAGUUUUACUCCCAUUUGUCGUCAGCCGGCAACGAGAGCCAUUUCGGGAAAUGCCUUAACCGUGCGUCCUUUGCACAAUAAUCCAUUCUUUUUCCUCACUGCCGGCGAUCGUCAUCUCCGUCUGUGGAGCAUUGUGCGUGAGCAGAAGAAGCUCUUGGUCCAGGAUGUUCAUUUGGCCAACAAAACUCGCACCUUCUAUUGCGCUCGUAUUGAUAAGAACGAUGAAUUUGCCUAUUUGGGUACGGGCACCGGGGACAUUGUGAAAAUUGUGCUCAACUGUUGCGAUCGGGAUAAUGUGACCAAUCCGGGCACAACCAGCUGCAUACUUGGAGCAUUUGGCACACAUAAUGCCCGUAAACCCACUGGACGUGAUUGCAAUCGUUAUGUGAAUGGUGUCCGGGCUUUGUAUGUGAUGGAGAACAAUCGUCUUCUGAUUGGCGCUGGCGAUGGUGAAGUCGAGUUGGUGGAAGAACGCACAGAUGUGCCAUUGAUCAAUUUUCGUGAAUACCCGGGACCAACUUGGCCAUAUUUGCGUACCCUGAAGCAUACACGAGUUUCAGGACGAAUUUCGUCUUUUGUGCGCUCCACACCGGAUAGAUUCUACAUCUGUACGGACACAAAUGAGAUUUAUGGUUUAAAUACUACGACAUGGGUCUUGAAAUUGUUAAGGACUUGUCAUACCAAGUCCGUUUAUUGUAUUACCUUUCCCAAUAAAUAUCCCGCUGUCUUUGCCACAUCCGGCAAGGAAUGCAUACGUAUCUGGUCUUCGGGACGUAAACAAGAAUUGCUUCGCAUUAUGGUCUAUAAUUUUAAUUGUGCAGCUGUACGUUUUACCCAUGAUGGAACUAGCAUUGUCUCGGUAUGGAAUGAUGGCAUCAUACGUGCUUUUACACCCAUUACUGGGCGUCUGAUCUAUGCCAUUCCGAAUGCUCAUAAUAAGGGUUGCAGCGCAUUGGCGGUGGCCUCGUCGGGACGUCUCAUUGUCACUGGCGGCAUUGAGGGUCAGGUACGCGUCUGGAAGAUAGAACCAUAUCGUCAAGAUUUGUUGGCUGUUCUCAAAGAUCAUUCGGGACCAAUCACAACAUUGGAUAUCAAUCAUUUGGACACGGAAGUGAUCUCAGCCUGCACAGAUGGCUCCUGUGUCAUUUGGGAUAUCAAUCGCAUGACCCGUAAACAGGUUGUUACAGCCAAUACUCAAUUUAUGGCCGCAAACUAUUUCCCCACUGGUGUCCAAGUGCUCACCUGCGGCUCUGAUGGUCGCAUUAUCUAUUGGAUGGUAUAUAAUGGAGCUCUCAUACGGGAAUUGACGGCAUCCAAAAAGUCGUCGGUGAAUUGUGUUUCUAUAAAUGACACCGGCGACUACUUUGUUAGCGUGGGCAGUGAUCUACAGGUGAAACUCUGGGAAUACAACAGCGGUGAGGUGGUGGGCAUUGGGUCCGAACAUGCCUCAUCCGUGAUUAGUGCCGCUUAUAGUCCUUGCGGCCAGAUGUUUGUCACUGGGAGCACGGAUGGCUCGCUCAUUAUUUGGGAUGUACCACGGGAAUACUGGGGCAGACCGAAUCCCCCAGAUGCUGCAACAUAUUCACCGGCCAUGAAGGCAUCUGUGACAAAGGGCAAGACCGAAGCCGUGGCCCGUGUGGACAGCGGACAUAAAAUUCAAAUGCCCAAAACUGAAAACAUUGGAAAUUUGCUAAAAGCCACUCCCAAGGAUGAUAUCUGCUGUGUGGAAUGUCCACCAUGUGCCCAAAAGAAAAAGAAAGAUGAUCCUUAUGCGGAAUGCAAAAUAGUUCCGGAUGUGAAGAAGUGUUGAAGUGUUUUUAAGUUAAUAAGUUUAAGCAUAUUCUAAAAUAAAGCAGACUGCUACUUGUAA